AUGUGUAUACAUAAAGAUUGUGAAUCUUGGGAAAAUAGUGGUCGCAAUGUAGAGGAAUUAGAAGCAGCGGUUGUCGUUGGAGGGUGGUCUGAUUGGGGAAGUUGGAGUGUAUGUUCCCGAACCUGUGGCACCGGGGUUAAAAUUGCAAGAAGAACGUGUAAUAACCCGACGUAUGGAAAGGAAGAUAAAUCUUUGGGUAUGAUACCGUCUGGAACCCCAUGUGACGAGGGAUCGACUGAACUCAGAAACUCUUUUAGAUGCGUCUAUGGAUAUUGUUUGGAAUUUGGUUGUGAUGGUAUAUUGGUAGCUGAAGGAGGAGCAUAUUAUGAUGAAUGUGGUGUUUGUGGUGGAGAUGGUACUACUUGUGAUGCUGUUACUGGAAGUUUUACUGAACCGGGAUCAAAAGGUACCAGACUGACAAUAAAGACUCUACCCGCUGGUGCCCAUCAUAUAGUUUUUAAACACACAAGCUAUACGAGUCAAAGAUAUACUUACUUGGAAAUAUGGAGCAAAGAUGACGUAGUUGCUAUAUCCAACAAAAAAUUGGGAGAUAAAGAUACCGGGGAUACGCCUAUAUUAUUUGCCGGUGCUUACUGGAACUACCAGUUCCAAACUGGUUUCGAUACUGAAGACGCCAUUACCGAACCUAUAAUUAUCAAGGUCAGUGACACUCGAACAUAUCAAAUAUCUCACUUAUGA